AUGGAUGCUCUUAUUUGUUCUGGACUAACAGCCCUAGAGCUGGUUGCGCUCCGGCCUAUCAGGGAAUUUGAUAGCCUAUGGAUGUUUAAGAAGUUCGUUGCUGUGUUUCUCAUACAAUACGCCAUCCUAAAACUCUAUCGUAUUGUAUUAUACCCAAACUUCUUCUCGCCACUUAGACACUUACCAGGGCCAAAGGAUCAUAAUCUCGUCUUAGGGCAAGAAAUCAAAAAGUUCGGAGCCGAUAGCCCCGCUAGCGUUCAGCUACAAUGGAUGCGCAAAUGGCCAGACACGCCAUUUAUCAGAUAUAUCUCGUUUGCUGGCAAGGAAGUCCUACUGGUAAACAGUCUGGCCGCACACAAGGCUGUUCUACAGACACAUGUUUAUGACUUCGUCAAACCCCCUUUCUUUGCGCGAUUGGUUGGAGAGAUCACGGGUGUAGGCCUAUUAUUCUCGGAAGGGGAGGCCCAUAAGCGCGAACGAAGAUUGUUGGCAGGCCCCUUUUCAGUCCCGAGUAUGAGAAAACUAUUACCCGUCUUUCAAACAAAGGCUAAGGCCAUUUCGAGCGUUUUUAAACAAUUGCUCGGCGAAAAACCAUAUGCUACUUUGGAAGCAAUUGAGACCUUCUCCAAGUCAACUAUGGAUACUAUAGGUGUAACGGUGCUAGGAAUCGAACUAGAUACUAUAUCGUCAAUGUACCCGCUAGGAUUCCAGGAACUUUAUGACCGAGUGCUUCACCAAGGGUUUCUGGGCCAACUUAUCUGGGUCAUUAAUGCUUUCCUACCAGUCCGAGGUAGUAUUCCUUUAGAAGCGAACCGCAGAUUCAUCCAAACGACUACCGACUUGAGAAAGAUGCUGCAGGAUAUCAUUCAGCAACGCGCGGCGGACCUAACAAACGGGACUUUCGAAAGAGAAAAGGGAGAGUCUAGGGAUCUUCUUACAUAUAUGUUGGAAGAAGCUGAAUUACGCCGACAGGAGACAGGGAAGGAUAUUUGGUCUAUAAAUGAUAUAAUUGGCCACCUUCUGAAUUUCACAUCUGCAGGUCAUGAGAGUACGGCGACCACUUUAUCAUGGUCUCUUUACGUUCUUGCAACAAACCCGACCAUACAAGAUAGGCUACGAUCGGAGAUAGACUCCCUACUAGAAACCGACCAAGAGCCAGAUUAUGACUCAAUUUCUGCUCUACCAUAUCUGCACAAUUUCAUUCGUGAGGUGCUUCGUGUCUAUCCUCCAUCAUAUAUGGUACAACGUGAAGCCACUCGGGACCUCGUAAUAGAGGGCGUAUUUAUACCCAAAGGCACACAGGUCGACUUCAAUAUCCCGCUUAUACACCAACACCCGCUGGUCUGGGGUCCGGACGCCACUGGAUUUGACCCAGACCGUUGGGACCGGCUGACGGGCGAUGCGGCCACGCCAUUCGCGUUCGAGGCCUUCCUUCAGGGCCCACGGACCUGUCCCGGCCGUAACUUCGCCCUCAUCGAGGUUAAAGCCUUCCUCGUCGAGCUGGUCCCGCGAUGGCGCUUCCUCGGUAUCGAGCGGCGGAGUGGAGAGUUGCUGUCUUCUGGGGAGGAGCGCGUUGGCAGGGGCGUUAAGUUGGCAAAUCCAAGUUUGACUUAUAGACCGGCUGAUGAGUUGUUAGUGAGGUUUGGGCGGGUUAAGAAGCUACUUUAG